AUGGCCCCUGCAAGGAUAUCCCACGACCCUGUUCUUCGCCGCGAGCCAGCAGCGUCAAGUCGCGACUUCCAAGUUCGCAACUUGGACGCAGACCUUUGUGUCUGCGGUGGUGGCUUCGCCGGUACCAUCGCUGCAAUCGCCGCAGCAAGAAACGAUGUCAAAGUCAUUCUCAUCCAAGACCGUCCUGUUCUAGGAGGCAAUGCAUCAAGCGAAGUUCGCUUAUGGAUCCUCGGAGCGACUUCACACAUGUUCAACAAUAACCGCUAUGCUAGAGAGGGCGGUCUUGUUGAUGAGAUUCUCUUGGAGAAUUUGUAUCGGAAUCCUGAAGGCAACCCUUUGAUUCUAGAUACAAUCCUUCUCGAAAAGGUUCGGCUUGAGCCUAAUAUUCAGCUAUUCUUGAACACUGCGUUAGUUGGGUGUGAGAAAGAUGGCGAUCGAAUCAGUUCUGUCAGCACAUUCAAUUCUCAGUCUUCACUCAAGUUCAACAUACGCGCUGAGCAAUUCAUUGACUGCACAGGCGACGGUACACUCUCUUUCCUCGCUGGUGCUCCCUUCAGAAUUGGCGCCGAGAAACGUGACGAGUUUGGCGAGCUCUUCGCACCGUCCUCAGAGUACGGGCACCUCCUAGGUCACUCCAUUUACUUUUACACCAAAGAUGUCGGCAAGCCUGUCAAAUUCGUCGCCCCAUCUUAUGCUCUCAAAGACGUCGAGACCGAAAUCCCCCGGUUCAAAAGCUUCAGCACCAAGGAGAUGGGCUGUAAUCUUUGGUGGAUUGAGUAUGGUGGUAGACUUGAUACUAUUCAUGAUACUGAGGAGAUCAAGUGGGAGCUUUGGAAAGUUGUUUAUGGCGUUUGGGACUACUUCAAGAACUCUGGACGAUUUCCUGAGGCGGAGACUUUGACACUUGAAUGGGUUGUCGGCCCCAAGAUGAUGGUCCAGCAGGAUAUCGUGGAGCAGAGAUUCCAUUCUGAUGCCGUCUCUUUCGGUGGUUGGUCCCUCGAUUUACACCCAGCUGAUGGUGUCUUUUCCGAAGUUGACGGAUGCACCCAGUGGCACUCCAAGGGUGUCUACCAGAUACCCUUUUCCUCCAUGGUCUGCUCCGACAUACCAAACCUCAUGUACGGAGGUCGCAUCAUCUCGGCAUCUCACGUUGCUUUCGCAUCCACCCGAGUCAUGGCUACGUGCGGAGCCAACGCCAACGCUUUGGGAAUCGCAGCCUCGCUCUGCAAGAAGAACACCAUCGAUCCUGUGCAGCUGCUCCAGAAAGCUGAGAUGAAGAACUUUCAACUGGAACUUAUGCGCUUUGGACAGUUUAUACCAGGGUAUAAGCUUGAAGAUGAGAAAGAUCUGAUCCGUUCAGCUACAAAGAUUGAAGACUCGUCUACUUUUGAACUGUCCCAACUCCCAGCCGAUGGGCCGCCUAAGGUUUUGGUCAGAAGCCUUGCGCAGAUGCUGCCCAUUUCGCAGGGCCCUGUCCCCAAGUUUUCCAUUACUGCCAUGUCGGUUGAGUCCACCGAGUUGACCGUCCAGCUCCGAGGAUCUGAGAAGCCUUACAAUUAUACACCUGAGGUUAUCUUGGCCGAGAAACGGUUCUCACUAGACCCAGGUGAAAAUCAUCUUGUCAUUGACUUUGAGAUCGAGAAUCCUCAGACGCAAUAUGUUUUCCUUGCUUUCAUGCAGAACGAGUCUGUCGCACUCUGUACAAGCAAGACCCGUGUUUCAGCUCUCAUGACGGUCGAACAUGAGUGCACGCAAAGUCCACCUAGUGACGUCGGCGUUGAUGAGUUCGAGCGAUGGACACCCGUUAGGAGACCAAUGGGCCAUAACCUUGCAUUGACCUUGGAGCCACCUCUCCAGGCAUGGGGUGUUCAGAACCUCUGCAAUGGAGUUACGCGUCCAACCAAGAGAACCAACUGCUGGGUUCCUGGUUCUGGACCUGACAGAAAGCUUCUCAAAGUCUUCUGGUCUAAUCCAGUUGAAGUGAGCAAAGUGGUAGUUUGCUUCGAUACAGACUAUGAUCACGCCCUCGAAUCUGUCUUGCGAGGCCACCCGGAGAGGACUAUUCCAUUUUGUGUUAAGAAAUGGCGCCUACUGGACCUUUCUGAAGGCGAAAAAGAACUCUACGUGGAAGACGAGAACCAUAUGUCGCGACGCGAGGUGGUCCUUGAUUCACGUAGGAAGCUGACAAAUCUUGGAGUUGAGAUCCUUGAGCUAAACGGGGGCGAGAGUGUUCUUGGUGGCAUAUUCGAAGUGCGCGUAUAUGAAUAG